ACAAAACAAUGGCUUUCCUCUUGCCAACAACCUUAGCCAUUGUUGCUCUUGUUUUUUCAUUUGCUCAUGCUUUUGAUCCAAGCCCUCUUCAAGACUUCUGUGUUGCGGCAAAUGAUCCCAAAUCUACUGUUUUUGUGAAUGGAAGGGUUUGCAAAGACCCAAAACGCGUGACAGCAGAUGACUUCUCCGCAUCUGGUUUAAAUGUCAGCGGAGUUCCCGCAGGUGUCGGCUUAACUGUCAACACCGUCGACGUUGACAGAAUCGCCGGACUAAACACACUCGGCAUAUUCAUGAUUCGCGUGGAUUAUGAAUCUGGGGCACUGGCCACGCCCCAUUCACACCCUCGAUCAAGCGAGAUGGUCUUUGUUUUGGAGGGCACACUUGAAGCGGGCUUCGUCACGGCGGAUCCGAGCAACCCAACCAAGAAUCGUCUCUACGCCAAAACAUUGAACGCCGGCGAUGUUUUCGUGAUUCCCCAAGGUUUACUUCACUACCAGGCUAAUGUCGGGAAGGUUAAGGCAGUUAGUUUUAACAGUUUAAACAGCCAAAAUCCCGGCAUCGUCCCCGUUGCGCCUGAACUUUUUGGAUCAGUUCCGGCCAUUUCUGACGAUAUCCUUUCCAAAGCUUUUAGAGUGGAUAAGAAAACCAUUGAACUUAUAAGGUCAAAGUUUGCCUAGGUGUGAACUAAUGCGUAACAUCCGAUGAUGUAAACAUGAGUUUCUGUUUUUACUUUUACAUUUUUAAUAAAAAAUUAUUUGUUACUGUA